CGUCGUGAUGGCAGUAAACAGCGAGGAAAGUGGGCAAUAAGGUAAACAACGAGACAGUUUGGCUAUCGGAAGGGAAAAACUCUGCUCCUGAGGCAAUAAAAACUCGGCCUCUUUCAUGCUCUUGGCACCCAAUGCUUGUUUCAUCGGACCUCAACAUCUCGCAAGAUCCAUUAUGGUUCAGCCUCCUCCCUCGACAUUCGGCACGACAUCUUCCAUCUCGACCGUCCUCGUCGCCGGCCUCCGAGAAUGGCACGAGGAGUGGUGUUGGUAGUAUUGCCGACAAUGCGGACUUCGAAAGCAGAGUGGUCAUCGUCUGCCGCCGCCAUGAUUGCUGCUUGUUUGCAGGCAGGUGAUGAUGGUUCUGAUGAGGAUUAUCUUGUGAGUGCGACCUUCUUUUAACUGCCUUCAGCAGGUCAUCUCUUGGCGACAAAUGUGCCUGACUUGCGUCGAGGAGGCCUGCUGACAUAGUGACAGGGCGUUGAGGAUGUUCACAGUGUACUGAGACGUGUCUGUGUCUAUCCUUGAUCCAGCACUAGGCAGCCUGUUUUUGGGCGCUUUCAUCACCUCCUCUGGACUAUACGUUUGCUAUCAGGCGCUAUAUCGCGAUGUUAACUACUUCUUAACAACGGCGGCCAUCUUACGAUUAAGCGCCACGAUACUCUUUAUUCCAUAUCAUGCACCCACCGCAGACACCGCCACUCUAUCUGUUCCUUGACGUCGGCGACCAGCCUAUGGUCAAGAGCUUUUUACUCGCUCUUUAGCCGUGGAGGCCGAUCGACGCCAUUGCGCUCGCGUCUUCCGGACGAGUAUGGCGUACGACGCGGUGUUACAGGCACUUUCCUGAUAACAUCAUCGAGUUACGUUCCCUUGGGGUACUGAAACCCUUCCCACCCGCGCCACCUUUUUAGCGCGCAAAGUCGAAGGUUCGAGUCUCGUUGGAUGGCUUUUUUUUUGCUCUGGUCGAGUUACAGACUAAGGGUUUCGUGCACUAUGCAUUUGUGGUGCGCCGGUUCUGCAAUCACCGCAAAAGCGCAACGAUAUGCAGCCUUUCCCCGGACUCUUUUGUUACUUCCACUGUGUUUGUACCUUAGCAUGAUGCUUUCAUGGAGCCAAAGACAGAAGUGAGUUGCGAACAAAGCACCCCCUCCUGUUCCGGCCAUCGACAAAGCGCUUUGAAGACACGUACAAAGACGAUCAGAAGCACUUGAAUGGGGCAUAAAGAACAAAAUAAGGAGGGUCGCGCACGCCGUUACAAAGCGAUGCCAUCUCUCUCGAACUCAACGUGAACGGAACUUACGAAAUUGCUUCACUCUCUGCAAACCCAGCCAGGUCAAGGCAGACGACAUAUCGUGGUCAGCCAGACCUGACCAACUCAAAAUGCGGGUCAUUGCUUUAUAUAUAUAUAUACCCCAUAAAUGGACUGGCUACUCGUCUGAGGGAAGCUUCUGGGGGGCAGCCUUGCCUCCGACACUGCUGACGCCCUUUGCCACGGCUGUGAACCUGGAAAUGGUGCACUCGCAUAGCGAAUAGGACUUGAAAAAGGAGCUCAAGUUUCAACUUCAUACUGCAAGUAGUGUAAAGCGGACCAUGGUUAGUGCGCUAAGUCCUUGAGGUCGUCGACUCGAACAUAAACAAUGACUGCAGAUCAUUCACAAAGCGCCAACCAGCGGUUGGUAGAGCGUUUGCCUGUAGUGAGAACGACAACUGAGGCAGCGUGGAUCGCAAGAAAGGAGGCUGCUUCGUUUGUUGUCGCAGGCGGUGGUGACUUUGACGGCUUUGUCGUGUCAGGCGCUACACUCCGCCAUGAGCAAGGCAAUCAUGCCGAUUCGCAUACUUAAGGUGCAACAGGUGCUGAGUCGGAAAUAUGAUGAUCAUCAAGAGCUUGGAGCGACACCUGUGAGCGAUAGCGCAACCCGACUUCCACGUCCAGCUUGUCAAGCCAUACGUUGCUCUUGCCCGCCAGCAUGAAUGCUGAUCACCUUUUUCCGGCCCUGCCGAAGUUCUUGUCCAUCAAUUCCUACUACAUUUCGCGAGAUAAGGAGGACGACGAGAAGUGGCUUCAAGAGCAAGCCUCUUGUGGAGGAAAUGAACCGGCUUAUGAACGAUGCAAGGAAUUGCUAGAGGGAAGAAGGUAUGUUGACCGGCUAAUUCGAUUUGCAGAUAAACGUCAACCAGAAUUACCGACGGGAGUCGUCUUGCCAGGUGGACAGCUCACUCCAACCAUAACAGGCGACAAGGCGCUCUCCCACAUGUUCCACAAUCGCGUGGUUCUUCUCGGAUUGCUGCACUUACCAAAUCUCCAACAUCCCUCUGGUGGUCUGGAGGCCUAUUAUAACCUGGUUGAUACACUCCACGAAGGCCCGAUGAAAGGAAAGGAGUAUGAGCUGGAACGAGUCAGUGGCGAAUAUCAGCUACGAUCCGAGUUCCAGUGGCUUGUCCAAUUCCAGCGAUCCGUCGAUGAAUGCCUCGAUAUGCUUGUUGCCGCAUACCGAUUCGGCAAAGGCCAAUUUGCCGAUGCAGAACGGGUCUCCAAAUUUGUCGAGCAGGCGGUCAUGAGAUUCCCUCCCAUGACGAGACUUUUGAUGGAGUUGCUCUUCGCGGAAUGCGACUUUGAAAAGGAGUACGCAGAAGAUCACAUCUGCGACAUCAAAAUCGAGAAGCGAGUCAGAGUCCUCGAUCGAGAGUCUGCAAAUGGGAGGAGCCUGAACUACAACCGCCGAUUGGUUGUCGACAGGAUUACGGACCUGAAGCACUGCAUGAGAAAAUAUUCCAUCAGGAUUCGGGGCAUCUUCGCGCAUCGAUACCUGGUUGACUGGGGGCACGGCAGACUCUGGAAAAAGCUCUACCUCGUUACGGACAGCGAAGGUCCAGAAGCCAGCAAGAUCUUCAGCGUACAUCCAAUCCCCUCCCACCACAUCAAUCAAGAGGACCUGUGCGUCAUCUGCCAGGAGCGUUAUCAAGUAGACGACUUCCUAAUGGAGCUGCGCAAUUGUCCGCAUCGAAUGCAUGCCUGGUGUGUCGUCGAGUACUGGGAUAGAUACCACUACUACGACAAUGACUGUCCGGUUUGCAGGACAAGCAGCGGGCGCAUACAGGAAAUAUUCCCAUACUUUCCGAUCCGCGCUGUAGACGUCUGCUACCACGCUGACGCCGACGCCUCACACGAAGAGAUCUGGAGAGAUCACUUCCUCCGACAUCGGAUGAGAAGGGAUAUACCGAUCGAGGACUGGGAGGAGCACCUUCAGGAACAUUUCUGGGAGCGCGAAACCAUCGCAUGGCUAGAAGGAUGGACUGUUGAAGAACGGCUGCAGAUGCCACAGUUCUUCCCUUCGAGACGUGUCGAAUGGGAUGAAAGCUCCGCAAGUUCCGAUGGAGAAUGCGCCAUGGCAGGUCCGGAAGAAGACGAGGUUCGGGAUGAAGACGCUGAUGAAGACGAUGAUCAAGGCAACGAUGAUCGAGAUUCAGGCGACGACAGGGAUGGACCUGAAGAUGGCGACGACGGCGAGGAGAGCAGCAACAAACUCAGCUCACACCUAAGGGCGUUGACCUCUCAACUAGAAUUGCUAUGAUAUUUCUUCUGGCAUUGUCGUUACGGAAAAUAGAGGGCUGGAAUGAUGUAUGUGGAUGCUUUGGCCAUUUGAGAGCUUCGGAAGUGUCAAUAUCUGUGACGAUGUGGGGAGCCGAGACUCUAGAUUUGACAGUUGGCAGGUGAUGACAUUGGAGUAGUUGGAAUUAGGAUGUUGAUCCGAG